UGCUUUCGGGCUAGAGGGACUCGACUGUGCAGCUUGAUCAUGUGACGGGCUCGCGAGCCCAGGCGGAGCAGAGCUAGACGGUUACAACGGGGCGAGCGCCAGUCUCCGUGAAAAAGCUCCGUUACCGAGAACGAGAGACAGGAGGGACAGACGUUUCCAGUGUGCGGACAGAUAAACAUCACACAGGAAGCUCCGGGCAGCUCGGGGACAAGGACAUUCGCCGUCUCAAACUGCCUCUAAAAAAGGAAGUAAAGGACAAAUCGCACGAAAUAACACAUUUUAGAAGAGCGCGGGGCACGGGGGAGUUGCCUUUUGGUUCGUAGGAACUUGUGGAAUUUAUUGGGGGAAAUUGAAAAGGGACCUGGCUACCUCUCCCCCCCCUCCCCCCCGUACAUUUUAUUUUUGUAUGAUUUAAUUCAUUUUGUCAACUGCCCUGUCGGUGCGAGGAGGGGAAUUGCAGUACGGCGCGUAAAGAUACUGACAGCAGCGUUAGGAGACACCAGCUUUUACUGCGUAUACGAACAAGAGACCUUCGAAGUGCGACAAACACUUGUUUCUUUCUAUUGCUUCUUUUAUACUUUAUUUAAUAUUUAUACUUAAACGUAUUUAUUUUGGGUUUUUGUGUACUCUGGGGCCUCAGUUUUGAUUAUCUUGGAAUAUGGUGGGGGAAAUGGAAACGAAGGAGAAGCCGAAGCCGACCCCAGACUAUCUGAUGCAGCUUAUGAACGACAAGAAACUGAUGAGCAGCCUGCCCAACUUCUGUGGCAUCUUCAACCACCUUGAACGGCUCCUCGACGAAGAAAUCAGCAGAGUACGGAAGGACAUGUACAACGACACGUUAAACGUCAGCACGGAGAAGAGGAGCUCGGAGCUGCCCGACGCCGUCGGCCCCAUCGUGCAGCUCCAGGAGAAGCUCUAUGUGCCUGUCAAGGAAUACCCCGAUUUUAAUUUCGUGGGCCGAAUCCUGGGCCCACGGGGUCUCACAGCCAAGCAGCUGGAAGCAGAGACAGGCUGCAAGAUCAUGGUGAGAGGCAAAGGCUCCAUGAGAGAUAAGAAAAAGGAGGAGCAGAACCGUGGCAAGCCCAACUGGGAGCACCUCAACGAGGACCUGCACGUACUGAUCACCGUGGAGGACGCGCAGAAUCGCGCCGAGGUCAAGCUGAAACGGGCCGUGGAGGAGGUCAACAAACUACUGGUGCCUGCGGCCGAGGGAGAGGACAGCCUGAAGAAGAUGCAGCUGAUGGAGCUGGCCAUUCUGAACGGCACCUACAGAGACGCCAACAUUAAAUCGCCUGCCCUUGCCUUCUCUCUUGCAGCGAGCGCGCAGGCCCCGCGCAUCAUCGCCGGCCCCGCGCCCGUGCUGCCGCAGGCCGCCCUGCGCGCGCCCACGCCCGCCGGCCCCGCCAUCAUGCCCCUCAUCCGCCAGAUCCAGACCGUCAUGCCCAACGGCUCGGCCCACCCGGCCGCUGCCACCCUGGUGCCGCCCGGCCCGGAGUCCGCCGGCCUGAUCUACGCGGCGCCCUACGAGUACCCCUACACGCUGGCGCCCGCCACCUCCAUCCUGGAGUACCCCAUCGACUCCAGCGGGGUGCUAGCAGGUGCAGUGACAACUAAAGUUCGAAGGCACGAAAUGCGGGUCCAUCCUUACCAAAGGGUAGUGACCACAGACAGAGCCACCACCGGCAACUAACCCCUGACCUUCUGACCUCUCAACUUCACCCAAUGAUGACCUGCCCAUUACCUGCCUGCAGAUCACUUCUCUGCUCUAAAAAAAAAAAAAAAAAAAAAAAAAAAAAAAAAAAAAAGUGAGUGAAAGAAAGCACGAAAGAGAGUAUUUAACAGCCUUCACUUGGCAAUGGCAGAGGAGAAGCAGCUCCGCUGCACCUGAUGUAUGGACUUUUGGCAUGGGCUGGAAGACACCCUCCAGCUGAAGUGGUGCGUUUGGAGUGGACCACCCAGCUGCUGUAGACCUGCACUGAGUCAUUUGUAAGCAAUAAGCAAUAAAGAUUAGCCCACUCUCUCACCAACUCAUUCACCAAACCAUGGCCCCAUGCUUCCCGACAGUACACCACAAACGCCCGUAGAUCUUCACGACAACACAGACCCAACCUUGAGUCAAGGGAGGAGGACGAACAGCUGUCACUGCCCUGCUCCGUUGGCGGGGUGUGACAGUAACAGGAUGUAUUGCGUUCCACGGUGUUGCAGCAGUGCACACACCUUUCUAUCUCAGUACAUUAACUCCGCGGACUGGUACUUACACAGCGCUCCGUCGUCUGUUCCGAAAUCUGACUAGUGCAUCAAAAGGGAAUAUUAGAGGGAGGCUGGAUAUGAAUACAGGCAGUGCAAAGAGAAGGAUGAACCUAGAAAGAGGUGCGUGUGUGUGUUCUAAAGCAUCCCCAUUCUCCUCCCAAAUAAUCGAACACUACUUAGUGGACGAGUUUCUCUGAGGAUGUAUAAGCCAUGCUUGCCUACGUGCUGUACAAAUGUAUGAAAUUUGUAGAUAAAUGUUAAAGAGAAAAAAAAUCAGAGUCAAAGAACACAUGUACAGACAACUUUUAUUAUCCUCCGGUGCUGGGGAAGAGAACAGAUAUAUUUUUACAUCUGAAUCUUUUGUACUUGCUAGUAUUGUGAAGAGAAAAAAAAAAAAAAGAUAAUACCGAACCCUUUAUGAAGUGAAAACAAUCCAGUUUUCUGUAAUUGGAUGUACAAAUGGAUGACCAAAACAACCUUUUCGUUCUACCAACGGGGGGUUGAAAUGGAAACAUUAUGAAGUGCCUUAUCGUGGUUCUCAUGGUCCUGUCAGUGGGAAUGUGUCAUCAUUAGUGGCGAAUGAGCAGGCCUGAGUUCAGUGCACACAGCUUUCUCUGAAGACACAGUGAGCUCCUUGAACGUGCCAUUACCUUACCUUGUCCUCGCACUUCAAAAGGGGACCUUCAAAAAAGAAUAAAUGAUGAUUGUUGAAGAUCUGCUGUAAUAUAUUGUCUUAACGCUAAAUCUUGUAUCCAAGUCUUGAGUCUAAUUUUAUAGCCAAAACAGAGCAGGGUUUAUUUGUUUUAUUUUGUUUUUCAUUUUGUUUGUUUCAGCUUUUGGUGGGGCUCAAGUUUUCAUUUUAAUCAUUUAAAUUACAUGUAAAUUGGCCUUCAACCUGUAUGCAUUCUACAUAUGUCCAUAUAUGAGUUUAUACAUGAAAUUAUUCAGUUCUUGGAUUGUGCCUCAAACUCUGGACAUCCCAAUAUCAUAAAACAGGACCUUAAUAUCAUGGACCUUUAAUACUGCUACAUGAGUCAUUUGUAAUCCACGAGCACGUUACGCUCGGCAUGUCCUUUUUUCAUUCUAAUAAAAUACUGCACUAUCACUUUCGUGGAGUGUUAAAAAAUAUGGGUUGUAAAAUAAGUGAACUACAACCAAGGUCCUCCACCUUUGGUGGGAGAGCAUCAGUGUUCAGUGGAAGCUGUGUGCUGUGCUCGCACUGGACUGCACCACACUACUGUGUUACGUGUGCCCCGUCCCUGCCCUUCUGCUCUUCCUUUACUAUGCAACAGAAUGGCCUCUGACGUCGUGUGGGGAGUCUCUGUGUCAUCGACCGCGUCUUCCUGUAUCGUCCUCACUUCACUACCAUUUUUGGUUGUGAUUCUGCAGUGCCAUCACAGUAUUAUUGUAAUGCAAGGGUAUUAUAAAUGAGGUCCAGCGUGUUUUUGUUUUUUUUCAGAUGACAAUAGCCUGUAUGUGAAAAGCUCUGGUUUUUAGUAGCUACAAUUAUCAAAAUGGUCAGAUUUGAGAAUGUUUUAUGAAAAAAAGCUUAACAGAACAGUACAGGUUAGAUUUAUCUGUGGGUGAGCCACACCAUAAUCAGUAUCGCAUGAUCUUUCACAACCUAUAACAAGGUAUAAAUCUGGUUUAUGUUAGUUUUACAAAGGAUUUUUUUCCAGAUCUACUCAAUUUAUUGAUGUGAAUGUUCUUUAUCAUAAGAGUGACUAUGUGUUCCAAACAUGCUGACAAAAGUCUCUGUUACAUUCAUGCGAUGUGUGCCCCUACCCAAGUAUUGCCUAUGAAAAAAGUAUGUCUGUAUUGGCAGCCAUUGUUACAAGUUUAUACCUUAUUUUUCUAUCUUAUUUUAUAUGUAUGUAAUAAACUACAUUAAAUGCCUUGUCUCCGUA